UAGUAUAGGAAUUUAUGGGCAUCCAUCACAUGAAAAUAGUAAAUACAUUCUUUUAAUAUAUCAAACAAUAGAUACAGAAAACAUAUCAUAUAAUAAAGAAAUUCAUAAUAAUAAGGAACAAGAAUCAUCAUUUUCUGCAUAUAUUACUUGGUAUUUGUUAGAUUUACUUUUUCAUAUAUUAUUUUAACAUAUGUGUUUUGAUAUAAUGAUAUAAUAAUUUCUUUAAUUAAUCAUGUUGGAAUAUGAAAACCAAAUAUUUUUGGAAAUACUCCAUGAAGAUGGAUUAGUUAUUAUAGCAAAAGGACUUGGUAUAGAAACAAUAUUUGCAAAUAUAUUAAGAGCUUAUAUAGAUCCUGGAAACUUAAUUAUAGUUUUAGGAACUACAAAUCAUGAUGAACAAUAUUUUAUUGAUCUUUUAAAAAAUUAUGGACUCAAACAAUUACCUCGUGUUGUAACUUCUGAAUGUUCUUCUGAUGAAAGGGAAGUAAUGUAUCUGGAAGGUGGUGUAUUAUUUAUGUCGGGUCCAAUUCUUGUAGUAGAUUUAUUAAAAAAAAGAAUUCCACUACAUUUAGUUACUGGAAUUCUUGUAUAUAGAGCACAUAAUAUUUUAAAUUCAUAUCAAGAAGCAUUUGCUCUUCGUUUAUAUAGACAAAAUAAUAAAACUGGUUUUAUUAAAGCCUUUACUAAUUCAUCAUUGGCAUUUACUGUUGGAUUUAUGCAAGUAGAAAGAGUAAUGAAAGCUUUGUUUGUUAAAAAGUUAUAUUUAUGGCCACGUUUUCAUACUCUUAUAAAUAGUAGUUUAGAAAAACAUAAGCCUGAUGUUAUCGAACUACAUGUAAAAAUUACACCUAAAAUGUUAAACAUUCAAAUUUCUUUACUUGAUAUAAUGAAUUAUAUUGUAAAAGAAUUAAAAAGGCUUAAUAAAUAUUUAGAUUUAGAUGAUUUAAAUGUUGAAAAUGCAAUAACAAAAAAGUUUCAUAAGCAAUUACAGUUGCAAUUAGAUCCUAUUUGGCAUCAACUUAGUUCUACUUCAAAGCAAUUGUUAUCUGAUUUAAAAACAUUACGUGCUCUUCUUGCGUCUUUAACAUAUGAAGAUAGUGUGUCAUUUUAUUCAAUGUUAAAUCGCUUACGUACUAUGGAAUAUGCUAUAAAAAAUAGUGGUUGGUUGAUGUUAGAUUCUGUAGAUGCUUUAUUUAAAAAUGCAAAAGAAAGAGUUUAUAAUGAAAAAAAUGAAUUGAAACCUGAAAGUACUCCAAAAUGGAUAGCACUAACAGAAGUAUUACUUGAAAUUCAGAAUGAUAAUAAAAAAAAAAUAAGAGAUUUAAUUGAAAAAAUUCUUAUUUUGGUACAUGAUCGUAAUAUUUGUUAUCAAUUAAAGAAUUAUUUAAUUAUGGGUGCCAAUGAAUAUUUACUUUAUGAAGCAAUGAAAAAACUUUCUCAUAAAGAAAUGCAAAACGUAAGUGAAACAAAUAUAGAAAAAGAAAGUACAUCUACAAUUGAAGAUAAUAAUGAAGAACAAGAUACUUAUGUAUUAACAUUAUCUCAAAAAGUUAAAGAGGAAAAUCAAUCUGAUCCAGUCAUCAAAGAAGAAAUCAAACAUCAAACUUUAUUUGAAGAAUGCUCACAAAUUGCAGAUUUAGAUUUAACAAAUAUAAAUGAAAAUAUGCCUAUUAUUUUGAUACAAUCUUUAAAAAAAAAUGGUGACCCAAUGGCAUUGCAACGUGCUUUAACAGAACAUAUGCCAAGUAACAUUAUUAUGUAUGUAGCAGAUCUGUCUGCUAUACGACAAAUUGAAGUUUAUCAAAAUAACAAUCCAUCAAUAGAUUUAAAGGUAUAUUUCUUAAUUUAUGGAGGCUCUGUGGAAGAACAAGAAUACCUUACCUCAUUAAGACGAGAAAAAGAAGCAUUUCAUGCAUUAAUUAAUAGUAAAACUACAAUGGUUAUUCCUGAAGAUCAAGAUGGAAAAACUGAAGAUUGUUUAAGUCUUGCAAUACAAUCGGAUAUAGAUAGUGAAAUGAAUACACGUAAAGGUGGAUUACCAAAAAUAUCUGAAGUUCCUAAUACUGUUAUAGUUGAUAUGAGAGAAUUCCGAAGUGAACUACCCGCUAUACUAUAUACACGAGGCAUGAAAAUUGAACCAGUAACCUUACAAGUGGGAGAUUAUAUUUUAUCGCCAGACAUUUGUGUUGAGAGAAAAAGUGUCUCCGAUUUAAUUGGUUCUUUAAAUAGUGGAAGAUUGUAUAAUCAAGCUAUUGCUAUGACACGACAUUAUAACAAACCAAUGCUUCUAAUAGAAUUUGAUCCAAAUAAACCAUUUUGUUUUCAAGGUUAUUACUAUGCUAGCAAAGAUGUUCAAAAUAUGUUCAUUACUUCAAAACUUCAACUUUUGACUUUACAUUUUCCUCGUUUAAAACUCGUAUGGUCACCUGGUCCUCAUGCAACAGCUCAAUUAUUCGAAGAAUUAAAGCAAGGAAGAGAUCAACCAGAUCCAAUAAAAGCUGCACAAAUUGGAAUUGAAGAAAAUAAAGAAAUACCAGUAGAUAAAUAUAAUUCUCGUAUUCAAGACUUUGUUUCAAAAUUACCUGGAGUUACUACUAAAAAUUUACAUUUAAUACUAAAUAAAGGGCAAUCAUUAGAUCAUCUUAAUAAACUCUCUAAAGAAGAAUUUACUGAAUUACGGAAUAAAAAUGAAGCACAAAUGUUAUAUAAUGCGUUUCAUGAAAAAAUUUCUCUAUUUGAAGAAAAAUCAAGUACAAGUAGUAAAAAAUCUGGAUCUAAAGGCCGUGGGAAAAAAUUAUUUACUAAAAUCAAACAGUAACAUUUUAAACUAAUAUUUCAUUGUUGUGCAGUUUUUACAAAAUAUUAGUUGUUAUAUUUGUGUUAUAUUUAAAAUUUGCAUGUACUGUGUAUAAUAUAAAAAAUAUAAUAUAGAAAAAUAACAUAAAUUUUUUAAAAAUAAAAAAUUAUUUUUUUGUAUUAGAAAUAUAAUAUUUAAUCAUAUCUUUGAAUUUGUAUUUUAAAUUUAUUAUAAAUAUAAUGAAUUUAAA